AUGCGGGCCUGCUCAAUUCUGCGCCGCAUCUCUCCCUCGGCCAGUCCCCGUCCUGUUUCUUGUCGUAUCAACUCCGCUGCUGCUUCCCCGGAAAGAGGCGCUCAGAUCGCCUCCCAAUACGCUCGUCAACCCCGACCAUUUUCACUCGUGCGACCUUACUCCACACGGCCGCAUUCUCAGGAUCAACCGAGGGAAGCAUCUUCUUUCUGGACUAUCACAUUCACCCUGCUGGCCGUUGGCGGAGGCGCCUGGCUCCACGAUAAAUACUUUACAUCGACGGAUAACUCGCCGCUGUCGCUCCCUUCCCCAACCCCUGCGUCGCAAUCACACUCCUUCCUCCAAGUCAUCGAUACCCUGACCACCAUGCCUAUCGAACCCGCCCCGGGUACCGUCGGGACCCUGACCCCGGAACAAGAAGUCAAGCUGCAGGAGUUUUGGGUGUUGACCCUCAGAGUCUUCGGUGUUCCCCUCGACGUCCUCGAGGCCGAGCACGCCAAUGGUAAAGGCAACGCCGAAGCGGCUCAGGAUAAGAAGUCUUCCGGCAAACGCCGGGGAUGGUCACUCUGGGGCAAGAGCGGCGACGAUGAGGAGGACAAAAAGAGCGUCUCAUCCGCGAGCGGGAUCACUUCGAGUCUAGCCUCGAUCAACAUCACCGACGGUGACGACAAGCACGGUCAGUCCAAGGAAUUCCAGCAGGCGCUCGUUGAGUUGCAGCCGGAGGAAAUCCGCACGGCCUUUUGGAACAUGGUGAAGCAGGAUAAUCCGGAUGCACUGUUGCUGCGCUUCCUCCGUGCACGCAAGUGGGACGUCAAGAAAGCGCUGAUCAUGUUGAUUUCGACGAUGCGCUGGCGUCUGCAGGAUGUGCACGUCGAUGACGAUAUCAUGGCCAACGGCGAGGCCCAGGCCCUGAAACAGGCGUCGAGUGCCGAUCCCGCUAAGAAGCAGAAGGGCGAGGAGUUCUUGAAACAGAUGCGCAUGGGCAAGAGUUUCCUGCACGGCGUCGACAAGUUUGGCCGACCAAUCUGCGUUGUGCGAGUGCGCCUGCACCGGGCCUCGGACCAGGAGGUGGACACGCUGGAACGGUUUACAGUCUAUACUAUUGAGACUGCCCGGCUGCUUCUGGCGCCUCCGGUUGAGACUGCAACUAUUAUUUUCGAUAUGACCAACUUUGCAUUGGCCAACAUGGAUUACACGCCUGUCAAGUUCAUGAUCAAGUGCUUCGAAGCGAACUACCCCGAAUCUCUCGGAUCCGUUCUCAUUCACAAGGCGCCCUGGAUCUUCUCAAGUAUCUGGAGUGUCAUCAAGGGUUGGCUCGACCCCGUCGUCGCCGCCAAGAUUCACUUCACCAAAAACCGCGAAGACCUCGAAGAGUUCAUCGCCCCAGGCCAAAUCAUGAAGGAGCUCGAGGGUGACGAGAACUGGGAAUACGCAUACGCCGAGAUCAAGGAGGGCGAGAACGCUCAGAUGGAGGACACGGAGACUCGCGACAAGUUGAUUGCGGAGCGCCAGGUCCUGGCGAAGGAGAUCCAAGAUGUCACCAUUGAGUGGAUUCGCGCCAGCUACAAGAAGGAGACUGAUGCUGUAAACGCUGCCAAGGAUAAGCGGAAUGGCUUGAUCGAAAAGCUGCGCGAGCAGUAUUGGGUUCUGGAUCCGUACAUUCGUGCCCGCUCGCUGUAUGACCGACUCAACAUUGUCAAGGGCGGUGGCAAGAUUGAGUUCUACCCCGAGGCCGAGAAGAAGGCCGCCCAGGAUGAAAAGAAGGUUAGCGGUGAUGCGCCUGCGGAGACACCGGAGGCAACGGAGAGUGCUCAGUCUGCAUGA